AUGUCGGCCGCCCCCGCCAAUAACAAUGCGAAUCCCAAGCCGCCGUCGAGCAGUUCGGCGUUACGCGACGAGGCUCAAGUCGUCAAGAUCCCCCACAUUCUCCCACACGAGCGCGUCUUCCCCAUCCAGAUAGGCAAUGAGCUUUUCAAGCUUUCAGGCGCCUCUAUCUCGUCCGAUGCACCGUCCUACUUCUCCCAAUACUUCUACUGCCAGGUCAAGAAGGCACACGAAACGGGCGAGGACCUCUCCAAUGCCAUACGCACCCUCUACAUCGACCGCGACCCCCAGACCUUCGCCGACAUUUCCCUCCACCUCCAAGGGUACCAUGUCAAGCCACGGGACGGCACGCACUUUGUGCGCCUCUUCGCCGAUGCCCAGUUCUACAGCUUACCCAAGUUGAUAUCCCAACUCUACGAAGAGUCCAUCUUUAUAUCCAUUGGCCACCGCGAGUUCCAAAUACCCCGCGACAUCUUCACCGACCCCGGCAACUCUCCCAACUUCUUCUCCCUCGGCUUCGCCGUCUUCUUCUCCAACCCCGAAGACCUAUUCCCCGGCCUUGACCGCGAGGGUCUCCUCCGCCCGCCGUCCAUCCUACCCCCGUCCGUCCCAAACCGCUCCGCCGAAACGUUUGCCGAAAUCCUGCACCUCCUGCGAGGAUACCCCGUCACCAUUCGUGGUGAGACGCACCGCGCCGAGCUGCUGCGGGACUGCCGGUACUUCAACUUCAAGGGCCUGGAGCAGAAGCUCAUACCACACCACAUCAGCUAUAACCAGAGCCGCCGCCGCGAGGAAAUAGUCCUCCGCUUGGAAGACAUCCUGAAGAGCGGCAUAAGCGUGGCAGCCGAUGUCUCGGCCUCCCCGGGCGACCAUCUUUCAGGCUGGGUCAACUAUGCGCGUCCCUACGUUGACGACCGCGCGGCGGAGCUCGUCCUCGAAGUUGGCGGCGAGAGCACCCGCAUCCACUUCCAGUCCGGCUCCGCUCGCGCCGAGUUCUUCAGGGACACCCGCGCUCGCAUCGCACGCCUGUUUGAAGUCGUGGCCACGAAGCUGAACCUCCCGCCCACCACCCAGCCCCUAGGCCUCCUAAUGGCCUCGGGCGGAGCCGGCAGCCAGCCCCCAACGCCUGGGCACACGCCCUUGAGCGAGGACCUCGUCCGCGUGUCCAUCGACGCCGACACGUCCGUCACGUUGGACGGCAAGCCGUAUGUCUUGGAGGCCGACGACCUUCACCCCGCAAACCAACCCAUGUCCGCAGCCUCCAGCACUGCCGGCGGGCUCGAAUCCCCCACAGCGCCAUCUUCUUUUCAGCCGAACUCACGCAAGCGGAGGCGGAUCGACUCGCUCGGGUACGUGGCCGCCGGGCAAGCAGCGCUCGCGGCCGACGAGUGGGUUGUGCGGACGGGCCAGUGGAGGCUCAAGAUCCAGGGGUCACGAGGCGGCAAAAGCUCUGUCGAGGUCGUGCUCGUAGCCGUCAAGCUCGACGCAUACAGCUCGGAAAAUGCCAGGAAUGCGGCCCGGGGUUUCCUCAAGGGAUGA